AUGUCUGAAAUGAGUGAGUACGAGAAGGACCCAGGAUGGCAAUACCUCAAGAGAUCCCGCGAGCAGAUGCUCAAGGAUCAAUCCCAGCCAUACGAUUCAAAGAAGAACGUUUGGGUUCCGGAUCCGGAGGAUGGCUACGUGGCCGCUGAAAUUAAAUCCACCAAAGGUGAUAAUGUGGUCGUGACAAUCGGAGACAAAGAGAAAACCGUGCGGAAAGACGCUCUACAAGAGAUGAAUCCGCCAAAAUUCGAGAAGACCGAAGACAUGUCCAAUUUGACUUUCCUUAAUGACGCCUCUGUACUUUACAACUUGAGAUCUCGUUAUGCGGCUAUGCUUAUCUACACAUACUCCGGUCUCUUCUGCGUGGUGAUCAACCCCUACAAAAGACUUCCCAUCUACACAGAGUCGGUGGCCAAGAUGUUCAUGGGCAAGCGUAGAACUGAAAUGCCUCCCUCAUCUGUUUGCCGUUUCCGACCAGGCCUACAGAAACAUGUUGCAUGGAUCAUGAGAACCAGUCUAUGCUCAUCACAGGAGAAUCUGGAGCCGGAAAGACGGAAAACACCAAAAAAGUACCUGUUGGUGCCAGUCAACAAGAGGUUAAAGUCAGUGCUGAAAAGAAAGGUCACCCUCGAGGACCAGAUUGUCCAGACUAACCCUGUACUCGAGGCGUUUGGUAACGCCAAGACUGUCCGUAAUAACAACAGUUCACGUUUCGGAAAGUUCAUCCGAAUUCACUUCUCCAAGCUGGACGACUUGCCUCUUGCGAUAUCGAGCACUAUCUUCUUCGAGAAGUCUCGUGUAAUUCGUCAAGCGCCAGGAGAGCGUUGCUACCACAUUUUCUACCAGAUUUUCUCUGACUACAAACCCGAACUGAAGAAGCAGCUCGAGCUUGGACAAACCCCUGAAAGAGUACUGGCUGAAUUGAGUAUCGACGGAGUCAAUGAUGAAGAGGAAUUCCAACUUACUGAUGAAGCCUUCGACAUUCUGAACUUCUCUGCGCAAGAAAAAAUGGACUGCUAUCGCCUGAUGGCCGGUCACAUGCACAUGGGUGCAAUGAAAUUUAAGCAGCGUCCACGUGAGGAGCAGGCAGAGCCUGAUGGACAAGAAGACGCUGAGAGGGCAACUGCAAUGUACGGAAUAGAUGUCGACCAAUUCCUAAAGGCUCUCGUUUCGCCUCGCGUCAAAGUCGGAACGGAAUGGGUUUCUAAGGGACAGAACGUCGACCAGGUCAACUGGGCCAUCGGAGCCAUGGCCAAGGGUCUCUACGCUAGAGUGUUCCACUGCCGUGACUUCUUCAUUGGUGUACUCGAUAUCGCCGGUUUCGAAAUUUUCGACUUCAACUCCUUCGAGCAGCUUUGGAUUAACUUCGUAAACGAGAAGCUGCAGCAAUUCUUCAACCACCACAUGUUCGUCCUUGAGCAGGAAGAGUACGCUCGUGAAGGUAUCCAAUGGACCUUCAUUGACUUCGGUCUCGAUCUCCAAGCUUGUAUCGAACUGAUUGAGAAGCCGCUGGGUAUCAUCUCCAUGCUUGACGAGGAGUGUAUCGUACCGAAGGCCACUGACAUGACCUUGGCUCAGAAGCUGAACGAACAACAUUUGGGUAAACACCCGAACUUCGAGAAGCCCAAGCCACCAAAGGGAAAGCAGGCCGAGGCUCACUUUGCCAUGCGGCACUACGCCGGAACUGUGCGAUACAACGUAACCAACUGGCUCGAGAAGAACAAGGAUCCUCUCAACGACAGCGUUGUCAGCGUCAUGAAACAAUCCAAGGGCAACGAUCUUCUCGUCGAAAUCUGGCAAGACUACGUUACCCAGGAAGAAGCUGCAGUUGCCGCUAAGACAGGUGGUGGAGGCGCAAAGAAGAAGGGCAAAUCUGGCUCAUUCAUGACGGUCUCCAUGAUGUAUCGUGAAUCACUGAACAAGUUGAUGAACAUGCUGCACAAGACUCAUCCUCACUUCAUCCGUUGCAUCAUCCCCAACGAGAAGAAGGCCUCUGGUGUCAUUGAUGCCGCGCUGGUGCUCAAUCAGCUGACAUGUAACGGUGUACUGGAAGGUAUCCGUAUUUGCCGAAAGGGUUUCCCCAACAGAACUCUUCAUCCGGACUUUGUCCAACGUUAUGCUAUUCUGGCUGCCAAAGAGUCUAAGUCUAGCGACGAUCCCAAGGCUUGCGCUGGAUCAAUUCUUCAAGCUUUAAUAAACCAAAAGAAGCUCACUGAUGAACAGUUCCGCAUCGGUCAUACCAAAGUUUUCUUCAAAGCAGGAGUCAUCGCGCAUAUUGAAGACCUUCGUGACGAGAAACUGAACCAGAUCAUCACUGGAUUCCAAUGCUGGAUUCGUCAUUACAAUGCCAUUCUCGAGUACACUGACCGUAAACGGCAGCUCAACUCCUACAUCGUCCUGCAGCGUAACAUCCGUUCGUGGUGCAUUCUGCGCACGUGGGACUGGUUCCUUCUGUUCGGCAAACUUCGUCCUCAGUUGAAAUGCGGUAAAAUGGCGGAAGAGAUGGCCAAGAUGGCGGAGGAACAAAAGGCCCUAGAGGCUCAGUCAGCCAAGGCCGAAGCGGAACGAAAGGCCAAGGAGGAAGUGUACAACAAAUUGAAUGCUGAGAGAUCCAGACUCCUGGAACAACUCGAGAUGACAAAGGGUGGUUCGGCCUCGAUCGAGGAAAAAUUGACUGCAUUGAAUGCAGCCAAGCAGGAGCUCGAGAAAGGUCUCAACGACGUCGCUGAUAAAUUGUCUGAACAGGAAGACAGGAAUUCUGAACUCGAGAGACACAAGCGUAAAGCUCAGCAGGAAGUCGAGAACAUGAAGAAGAGCAUCGAAGCUGUCGACGGCAAUCUUCUGAAGUCAAUCGAGGAGAAAGCGGCUAAAGAGAACCAAAUUCACUCCCUUCAAGACGAGAUUAACGCUCAAGAUGAAACCAUUGGCAAACUGAACAAAGAGAAGAAACAUCAAGAAGAGAUCAACCGCCAAUUGGUCGACGACCUGCAGGCUGAGGAAGCGAAGCAGGCUCAAGCUGCUCGUCUAAGACAGAAGCUGGAGCAGACUCUCGAUGAAAUGGAGGAAUCCAUCGAGCGAGAGAGACGCAUUCGUGCUGAAACAGAGAAAGCCAAGCGAAAGAUCGAAAGUGAGCUGAAAGCCGCCACCGAAACGAUUGACGAGAUGACGAAAAUCAAGCAGGAAGCAGAUGCAUCUCUGAAGAAGAAGGAGGCUGAUCUCCAUGCCCUCGGAGUCAGAAUUGAGGACGAGCAAGCGAUGGCCAACCGUCUCACCCGCCAGUCUAAGGAGAAUGCGACUCGCUUAAUCGAAAUCGAAGAUGAACUUGAACACGAAAGACAAUCCCGAGCAAAGGCAGACCGAGCCAGAUCGGAGCUGCAACGUGAGUUGGAUGACCUCAGUGAGCGACUCGACGACCAGAACCAUCAGAUGCAGGCCCAGAUGGAGUUGAACAAGAAGAAGGACGCUGAGAUUCUCAAGUCGCGCCGCGAUCUUGACGAGCUCAACUUGGCUCAUGAGGAUCAGUUGGGCUCACUGAGAAAGAAAAACAACGAUCAAGUUGCUCAACUGACCAAUCAGCUCGAUGGCCUUCAGAAAGCUAAGGCCAAGAUCGACAAAGAAAGGGGCGUGCUCCAGAAAGAGCUCGAUGACAUCAACGUGCAAGUUGACCAGGAGUCAAAGGCUCGUGUCGAACAAGAACGACUUGCCAAGCAGUACGAAGUGCAAGUGGCUGAAUUGCAGCAGAAGGUGGACGAGCAAUCGAAGCAGCUCGCUGAAUAUACAACCUCUAAAGGACGUCUGCUCAAUGACAAUGGUGAUCUGCUCCGCCAAGUGGAGGAGUUAGAAGUUCAACUCAAUACCGUCAAUCGUGCCAAGGCCGGAUUCUCCAGCCAGCUUACAGAGGCGAAAAAGGCUGCCGAGGAUGAGACGCAUGAGCGUCAUGAGCUCAACGCCACCUGCAAGAACCUUGAGCACGAAAUCGAGCAAUGCAUGGAGAUGUUGGAAGAGGAGAUCAAUUCCAAGGAUGAUACUCAGCGUCAGCUUAGCCGAAUCAAUUCAGAGAUCUCACAAUGGAAGGCGCGCUAUGAGGGAGAGGGACUGGUAGGAUCGGAUGAGCUAGAAGAGCUUAAGAGGAAACAAAUGGCCCGUGUUAUGGAUCUGCAAGAGGCUCUCUCGGCAGCUCAGAACAAAGUCAUCUCACUGGAGAAGGCUAAGUCCAGACUUCUUCAGGACACAGAAGAUGCUCGUUCUGACGUUGACCGUCAUCUGACGGUGAUCGCGUCGCUGGAGAAGAAACAGAGGGCAUUCGACAAGAUCGUCGACGACUGGAAACACAAGGUCGACGACAUCCAGAAAGAGAUUGACGCCACCACCCGUGAUUCCCGAAACACCAGCACCGAAGUGUUCAAACUUCGAUCCGCCAUGGAGAAUCUCACCGAAUACAUCGAGACGCUCCGUCGCGAGAACAAGAGCUACGCGCAGGAAAUCCGCGACAUCAACGAGCAGAUCUCCCAAGGAAGUCGCACUUUCCACGACCUGCAAAAGGCCGUCAAGCGAAUUGAGCAGGAGAAAGAAGAGCUGCAGCAUGCUCUUGACGAGGCUGAAGCUGCCUUGGAAGCAGAGGAGAGCAAGGCAAUGCAGCAGAUUCGUUCCGAGGUUGAGAAGCGCAUUCAGGAGAAGGAGGAAGAAUUCGAGAACACCCGCAAGAACCAUCAACGAGCCCUCGAAUCCAUGCAGGUGAAAGAACUCCAAGGACAAGUCGAUGACGAACAGCGCAAUCGCGAAGAAAUCCGGGAGAACUACCUGGCCGCCGAGAAACGACUUGCCAUCGCUCUCGCUGAAACAGAAGACCUUGCUCAAAGAAUCGAUGCCGCUGAAAAGGUACUACGGUCCCAGAUCGAAGUGCAGCAGAUUCGUUCCGAGGUUGAGAAGCGCAUUCAGGAGAAGGAGGAAGAAUUCGAGAACACCCGCAAGAACCAUCAACGAGCCCUCGAAUCCAUGCAGGCUUCCCUGGAAACCGAGACCAAGAGCAAGGCGGAACUCCUCCGAGCAAAGAAGAAGUUGGAAAGUGAUAUCAACCAGCUCGAGAUUGCUCUCGAUCAUGCCAACAAAGCUAACGUCGACGCUCAGAAGACCCUGAAACGUCUCUUUGACCAGGUGAAAGAACUCCAAGGACAAGUCGAUGACGAACAGCGCAAUCGCGAAGAAAUCCGGGAGAACUACCUGGCCGCCGAGAAACGACUUGCCAUCGCUCUCGCUGAAACAGAAGACCUUGCUCAAAGAAUCGAUGCCGCUGAAAAGGCUAACAACUUUAAAAGGGGAACCUGGUCUCAAGAAAUGAAUCAAAAACUGUUGGCUCUGAGUGGAUCCUAG